AUGUCCAAAUCAGCUACAACUCGCCGACAUGUUCCUCUCGAAGACGACAUCACUGCCUCUGGUGGUAGACUUCGAACCAAAUCAAUCACGGGAAAGAGGAAGUCAAGGUCGGAUGAACACACACAAGGCGACGGCUACGUUGAUUCUCGAUCCUCGCGAAAGAUUCUAGCAAUAUCUCAAGACCUUGCAGAUGAAGACGCAGCAGAAAGUCGGGCAACCGGCUCAAAUUUCACAUCCCCCACGAAUGGGGCAUUCGGCUUCGACUCCAGGUUUGCUGGAGACGACGAGGAAGAGAACGGAAAAGCGGAAGUGCAGAAUCGGUUUGAUGACGAGGAGGAAUGGAUACCGGAAGACGACGACGCAGUAGCUCCCGAAGACGACAUGGAUCCGGAGGAGAUGGCGGUAUACAAAAGGUUCCUUCAAGACGGCGAAGAACUGGCCGACUUUGCACCAUCAAUAGCAAGUCUAACCACGGGAGACAAAUUGGUAUCAAAUGAGAGGCACAGAAAGCAGCCACCACGAGCUGAUGGGGAAGCGGAGGAAGAAGAGGAAGGCGAAGGUCCAUCGACGAAUCUUGCGGACCUGAUUCUGCAACGUAUCGCUGAGAAAGAGGCGUUGGAAGCACCUCGCUCCGCUGAACAGCCCCAACCAUUCAUAGGCGGCGGCCCCAUGGAAGAUGCUGUGGAAAUUCCCAUGAAAGUCGUCGACACAUUUACAAAGGUCGCCCAACUCUUGUCGCGGUACAAAUCCGGUCCUCUUCCUAAACCUUUCAAAGUCCUCCCAACCCUGCCACAAUGGCCAGAUCUUCUCUCCAUCACCAGACCGGAGAAUUGGACUCCACACGCUGUCUACCGCGCGACAAAGAUUUUCAUCUCGGCCCCGGCGGCCACGGGACAGCACUUUUGCGAAACUGUCCUCCUCGACCGCGUAAGAGAGGACAUUCAAGAAACCAAGAAACUCAAUGUCCAUCUCUACAAUGCCCUCAAAGCUGCCUUUUAUCGACCUUCUGCAUUCUUCAAGGGGUUCUUGUUUCCGCUGGUCCAGUCAGGUUGUACGCUGCGUGAGGCGCACAUCAUCUCGUCCGUGCUGGCCAAGAUAAAGAUCCCUGUGCUCCAUUCUGCCGCCGCGCUGUUGCGGCUGUGCGAGAUCUCGGCUGAACAAACAGCAAACGUGAAUAGCGAAGCCGCCGGUGCCGCGAACAUUUUCAUCCGCGUCUUGCUUGCGAAGAAAUAUGCGCUGCCAUAUAAAGUUGUGGACGGCCUAGUGUUUCACUUCCUGCGAUUUAGAGCCUCAAGAGGACAGGAUCAAGAGGCGUUGGGAUCCAAAGAAGCCAAAUUGCCCGUUUUGUGGCAUCAGAGCCUCUUGAUAUUUGCGCAGACAUAUCGGAAUGAAAUUACGGAGGAUCAGCGAGAAGCGCUCCUAGACUUGCUGCUGGUCAGAGGCCAUAAGGACAUUGGACCGGAAGUCCGGCGCGAGUUGCUGGCUGGUAGGAACCGGGCUGGUGCAAAUGGACAGGGUGAUGGCGAGAUGCAGGUUGAUGCCCUCGAGAAGCGAGAUGAUGGGGACGACACUAUGGACAUGACAGCCUGA